AUGGAUAGGAGGGAUAGAAAACCUGUCCAUCCGGCUCUCCGCCGCCUCCUCCUGCUCCUCGCCGUUGUCGCCGCGUCCCUCCUCGUCGCCGACGCGCGGCCGUGCCACACCUUCCUCGUCGCCUUCCCCGUCGAUCCCAACCCCAACCCCAGCAGAGGCGACGGCGCCGUCCACCACCACCUCGGCAUCCCCCACGUCGCCACGGUCAUCACCGUCUUCCGCGUCCGCCGCCUCGGUCCGCAGGUCCCCCACGGCCACCGCAACCACCACCACCACCACCUCCACUCCAUCCCCGCCAACGUCCAGAUCCACCGCCCCGAUCUCCCGCACCUUGCCGCGGGCGCGGCUGCGGCCGCCGGGCCCCAGGAGCGCGCCAGGGGCAUCCUCGUGGUCGUCGUCGGGCUCCUCUUCGGCAUCGCCUGCGGCGCGCUCUCCAUAGCACGACGUGCACGAGAAGUUGGAGGACAGAGGUCGACGGGAAGAGAAGAGAGUGGAGGUAGCCGAUGCUUGGAGCCGCUGUGCGUUUCGCCUAAACCGCGUAGGUGCUAUGGAGCCGCAAGCACGGUCUUCUGA